AUGGAGCUCUGUGGUCCCAACAUGAGUGAGAGUGGAGGAUCUCUGUGCCAGGUGAAGCAGCUUCCCUGCCACAGCGUCUCCCUUUGUCGUCUGCAGGCCGGUGGACACCAUAUGCAGAACCACCAUCACCUCAACCACCAGCCGUGGGUGAACCACCCAGCCCCCGCUGUGGCCUCUGGCCCGGCGGUGGCCAUCAGACACAGGGUAAAUGGAGCCACGGCGUCCAGCUGCAGCAGCCCAGAGUGUGCAGCCUCCAGACUGGGAGAGGAGGCCACACUGGGCCGAGGCGUCUCCUUAGGGAAGGUGCUUGUGACGGGAGGAGGGGGAUACUUUGGCUUCAGGCUGGGGAGAGCGUUGGCCAGCCAGGGGAUGACAGUGAUCCUUCUGGACAUGCACAGGCCUUCCUGUGAUCUCCCCGAUGGAACUGUCUUCUAUCAGAGCGACAUCAGGGACUACUCCUCCCUUUACAAAGUGUGUGAUGGGGUCAGCUGCAUAUUCCACACAGCGUCCUAUGGCAUGUCUGGACCAGAACAGCUGAGGAAAGAGCAAGUAGAAUCCGUCAAUGUCGGUGGGACCAAUAAUGUCAUAAAUGUGUGCAAGGAGAGGAACAUCCCUAGACUCGUGUACACCAGCACCAUCAAUGUGGUAUUUGACGGCAAACCGAUUGAGGAUGGUGAUGAGGCAUCAGUGCCUUAUGUUCCCCCUGACAAACACAUUGACCACUACUCCAGAACUAAAUCUAUUGCAGAGGAAAUGAUCCUUUCGGCCAACGGAUUCUCCCUCAAAGGUGGAAGCCUGUUACGGACCUGCGUCUUACGGCCCUGUGGCAUCUACGGACCAAAUGAGAGGAGACACCUCCACAGAGUGAUGGUGAAUGUGGAGCGGCGGUUGUUCAGUUUCAGGUUUGGUGACUCCCAGGCCAGGAUGAACUGGGUCCAUGUCGACAACCUGGUUCUGGCUCAUCUUCUGGCAGCUGAAGCGCUCACACUGAAGAGGAGCUGCAUCGCUAGUGGACAGGCCUAUUUCAUCAAUGAUGGAAAUUCUGUCAAUCUGUUUGAAUGGUUAACACCACUGUUUGAAAAGCUGGGUUACAGCAGACCAUUGAUAAACCUGCCUUUUUCACUCGUCUACGCAGCAGCCAUCCUGAUGGAAUAUGUGCACAUAGUUCUGAGACCUGUGAUAAAAGUGCCUCUCCUGUUCACCAGAAAUGAGGUGAGAAACAUCGCAGUGAGCCACACCUUCAAGAUCGACAAGGCCCGUCAGGAGCUGGGAUACUGUCCAAAAGCCUACAGCCUGGUGGACUCUGUGGAGCAGACACUGAGGUCCAGAUGUCCCCCCUCUGGUUCAGCCCUUCACAGCCUGUCCUGGACCCAACACCGUGUCUCACUGCUGCUGCUGAUGCUGGGGCUCAGCCUGAUGCUACUGAUAUUAUGCUGGAUACUACGUCAGUAUUAA